GGCUGGAAAGGCCGAGGACACCAGAAGAAGAGAGGACCGGAGACUACAGGAGCGUACCGAACGACUGAACAAUGGCUGCCACCGCGUACUCCACGGCGCUUCUGGGUGGAGCAGGACCCCGCCUCCCCGCCGUCGCGGCCGCCGCGCCAUCCUCCGUCCUGAUCCUACGGCGUGGCUUCUCGCCUCUUCGUCUCCAAGACGCGCCACGGCUUUCUGUGCUCCGGGUGAAGGCCUCCUCCGACGACACCUCGGCUUCCGCCGCCAGCGGCGACGAGCUCGUCGACGACCUGAAAGCCAAGUGGGACGCCGUUGAGAACAAGUCCACCGUCCUCACCUACGCCGGCGGCGCCAUCGUCGGCCUCUGGUUUUCCUCCGUCGUCGUAGGCGCCGUCAACUCCCUGCCUCUGCUUCCCAAGAUCAUGGAGCUUGUCGGGCUCGGCUACACCGGAUGGUUCGUGUACCGCUACCUCCUCUUCAAGGAAAGCAGGAAACAGUUGGCCGACGACGUGGAGUCACUCAAGAAGAGCAUUGCUGGUGCAGAGGAGGAGUGAAGAAAGUAAAUGUUGCUGUGCAGACUUUUCUUUUGUUGAAUCAUUCUUUCAAUAACGUGCAUCAGAGAACCGCUUGUUGUUUAGCGUGCUAAUUCUGCUGCGUCCACAUGUUGAAUACCUGGUGUCAGGAAUCUUUGCUCGAUUCGUUUCCAUGAUGGGCAAUGGAAGAAGAAAAAAGUGUAUCAUUUUGCCUAA